AUGAGCAAGCUUGAAGAGAAAGGUCUGGAACAGUCCUCCCUGGCAGUCUGGACCCUGGCCAUUGUCUUUUGGGGUAAGAGCACUCUUCUUGCUGGCCUUUGCCUACAGGUGGUUUCAUUCAUGGCAAUGAUUGUGGGAACCCUCAGUUUUCGGUUCCAGAGGGACUGCAGCCAUUGGCCCAGCUGCUGCCCCAGCAAAGGACAAGUUUUCCCUGAGGAGCUGCUGAAGUGGACCACCGCGCCUGUAUCUCCCCCAGAGCCUGCUAGUCUUGCCCACCACCCAGAAUCCUGCAGAGCCAGCGAAGAUGGACCUCUUAACAGCAGGGCCAUCUCCCCAUGGAGAUAUGAGUUGGACAGGGAUUUGAACCGGCUCCCUCAGGACCUGUACCAUGCUCGUUGCCUAUGUCCACACUGCGUCAGCCUACAGACGGGCUCCCACAUGGACCCCCUGGGCAAUUCGGAGCUGCUGUACCACAACCAGACUGUCUUCUACCGGCGCCCCUGUCACGGCGAGCAGGGUGCCCAUCAUGGCUAUUGCCUGGAGCGCAGGGUUUACCGUGUCUCCUUGGCUUGCGUGUGUGUGCGGCCCCGUGUGAUGGCUUAG